CGUUUGGAGCUUUACAAGCAAUGUUCAUUUUUAACUUCAGAGAUAAAAAAAAUCUGUCAGUUCACGCGUGGUGUGCAGCCGUUAGCUGUCAUUUGUUGGAGUCGUCUGCUAGACGCUAUUUUUGUUCAUUGACUCAAUGACUGCUGUUUCAUAACCAUUUUCAAUAAUUACAAGUGACUUACGAGUACACAAUACGUGUUAGGGGGUUCGCCAAUCUUAACAGUGUGAUAAUUGCCACCACAUGCAUAGUCACUUUUAGAACCUAGGUACGAUGGAAAUUCCACGAACACCAAUAGACAAUCUUUUUAAUAUAUUGGGAGGAUUUAGUGCAGGUCAUGAAAAAGCGUUGAAGCAAGGAUUAUACAAUGCUGUGGCAUUGUUCCUUUUGUUCGCAGCAACGAUAGCUUUCUAUGGUCUCUAUUUCAUACUCAGCCCAUUCGUAAAGCCGCUGAUAUGGGCCCUACUUUGCGGUUCUGUACUUUUCCCAUUCAAACUCAAACUUGCCACCGCCGUUAAAUCCUGGUUUGCUGCCAUAGAAACAUCAAACAAGCCUUUUGUCGUCAAUGUGGCGAUGAUCCCGGUGCAGUUUAUCGAUGACAUUUCAGAAAUUAUUGGAUCAUUUCUACGCAAAAACCUCAAAUACAUUGGUCCGGUAGUCGUCGCCAUUCCAGUAUUGCUCCUGAUUUAUAAUUACACACCAAGUUUUCUGACCUGCAUCAUAUGGCGAGAGUUUCAGAUAGCCAAUACUAUUAUCAACUUCUUUAUUUCGACUUGCAGCAUUUAUACAGUAAUAGCCAUUGUUGUUGGCUACUUAUCUAUUCUGUACGUGUACUGGACACCAGUAAAUUGUAAACGGUUUCACCAUACGUCUUUUGCGCUUUGGUUUGUUAUGAGCUUCUAUUUAUCGAACCUGAUCGGGGCAUACCAAGUAGCUGUAUUUGUCAUGCUGCAGCUACUUUACUUGCUCGGAUUUAUUUACGAGGUGAUAUUGAUUGUGGAUCACCAAGAGAUAAAUGGAAGGAGACCAACUUUUAUUGAUGCCGCUCGCUAUGCUUUUGCUAAUAAUCUCAUCAAUCAAACAUCUGAAAAUACUCCAAUAACAUGCAAUUCUUCAGAGGGCGAUGUUUGCUUACUUUCAAGUCCAGAAGAAGAAACUCCCCAGUUUGUAGCAACAAAAUUAGUUGACGAAAAUGCCGACGAAUUUGUAGCUGGUAUUGAUGAUAACAAAACCAAAUCUGCUAUAUCUCGGAUAAGGCUUGGCAAAAAAUCAAUGUCCGUUGAUGCAGAUGUGGGAAAACUGCUAGGGGCUGUAGCCCCAAAAUCUUCCAAGUCAUUAGAAAACGUUGGGCAAUCAUUGGCACAAGAAAGAAAUUUUUUGAGAAAAUUAAAAAUGGACUUCAAAAUGUCACUAGACAUUGAGGAUGAUAGAGUGAAUACAGACAACCAUAUGUAUUUUGCACUGUACGCUUGUAUAGGUAUGCUUCUAUGGAAACACAAGUGGAUGAUACAACUUUUGUCUUUGCCCAUAGCUUACUAUUUGAUUAAGCAGAUUGGAAUUUCAUGUGGGCUUUGGAAUAUGAUUGGAAAUCAGUACACAGCAUUUGUUGACGGAAUUUCUAAUUGGUGUACCGAAAGGCACCAGGCUUUAGUUCCUGCGAACGUCAGAGGCUUGUAUAAACUGGGUGUAAUCAUAAAUCAAAAAGCAAUCGAGUUAUUGAAGGGAUCUGUAGAUGCUGUUGCUACAACGGCUGUUAUACUAGGGCUGCUUACCUUUCUGACUUGUACCUCGAUUUUCAUUACGAUACAGAUUUAUGCGGAAGGAAUGCACUUAAUUCAAGUUACCGGGGAGGUGCUCAACUCUUCAUUGGUAAACAAUGCAGACAUCGACUGGGUUCCAGAGCAAUGGGAGGAUUCGGUGAAUAGCGUAUUGGACAACGCUUAUACUUAUGGCAGAAGCGCAAUAUCUGAUGGUGUAAAAGGAUUAGUAAAAGACCUUGAACCAGCAAAGGCUGAAUUAAUGGAAAAAAAGGUGGUGGAAUUAUGGGACAGAUUAUAUCAAGCUUGGAUGAUGUCUAACGUUGACCCUGAGAUGGUCGGACCCACCGUAGAUGUCAAGGCUGCUUAUUCAGUCUGGGAGAGCUUCAAAGAUAGUUUUGGGAAAACACCACUCCAAUUUUUCAACAUGACAAGCAUACAAAAUUUUGCCAAGGAAAACGUUGGAAUCCUGAUGUCAGUAAUGGAUUCAGUUUGGGGGAUAGUUAAAGGAAAUGUGUCUGUGAUAUUGAGUAUUUUUACCGAGUUAUUAUAUGUUGUGCUAAUGAGUGGCUCAGCUGUACUCAACUUUACGCUCAGCUUGAUAGUAUUUUUCACAACGUUAUUCUAUCUGUUGAGUUCGAGUGCAAAAACCUACAAACCAAUUGAAUUGAUGACAAUGUUCAGUCCAAUCAGCUGUAACAGUGUUGGACGGUUUGCCAUUGCCUUAGAGGAGGCAGUCAUUGGAGUAUUCUCAGCAACAUUCAAGCUUGCAUCGUUUUUUGGGAUGUGGACGUGGUUUACGCAUAAUCUCUUCCAAGUGAAAAUAGUUUACCUUCCAUCAGCGUUUGCUAGUGUACUCGGUGCAGUUCCAUUUCUGGAUGCGUAUGUCGCUUGCAUUCCAGCAGCCAUAGAAUUGUGGCUGACGCGAGGCUCUAUGGUCGCCCUUGCGUUUUUCAUGUUCCAUUUCGCCCCGUUCAAUGUCGUUGUCACGGAUUUUUACAAUGAAAUUAAAGGGGGUGGUCAUCCGUAUCUAACAGGACUUUCAAUAGCAGGUGGAGUUUUCUGCCUGGGAGUACAAGGAGCUAUUUUUGGUCCACUGUUACUUUGUUGCAUUAUGGUAGCCAUAAACUUGAGCCGUCGAUAUCUUCACUCACCAUCAGAGGAAGCUAUUUACACAUUGAAAUCUCAUUUGACGACUUUGAAAAAGGAGGAUGGUAUUCCGGAAAAAGAAUAAUUCUUUUAUGAUUUGUGCUAUGAUCGUUAUGGAGACAAAAACAAAAAAAAAAGCAAUACCCCAUAAAUAUGCAAGAUAUGUUUGUGAGUUUAGUGCCGUCAAUACUUUUUGUAUACAAACUUAACUCGGAUUCCCUGCCUAAAUUUCAAUGGCUCAUUUUUUACUUAACAUAUACAGAAGGUUCGUACCUUCAGCAUAAAAAAAAAAAUAUAUACGGAUUUUGCUUGAAGUUCGAAUAGAAUAUCAUUCAUACGUAGAUAUAAGCAAGCAUCUUCAAUUAAGCUCCGUCUAUUCCCUGUAAUUCAAUACUGAAAACUAUGCCGCCUUAUAAAAAUCCAUGCUAUGUGCGCCUACUUCGUGUUACACGGUGUUUAAUUAUCUGCUUCAGCGAUAACUCAUAAUAGUAAUUUGAAUAAAUUUUUCUAAAAAUUAAUAACUAAUUGUAAGCUAAUGUUAAGCAUGGGUUUACUUCCUAUGUGUGUAUGUAGAUAUUUAUUUUACUAUGCUUGUUCGUUUACUGAAGUUACCUGUGUUAAGAAAAAUAAGUGUUUACAUUAUUUGUGUACACUAUAUGCUAUAUGCACAAAAUUUCGCGUAUGCAGUAGGACAUUGAAUAAAAAUUUUAAAUCUA